CGGGUGGUUUCCGUGGCGAGAGGAAUAGAAGAGAAGUGGCAAUUGUGUUUUUAAUAAAAAUACGAAUAAUAAAGAAAAGAAAAGUAUUAAUUAAUAUGGCGGACAAAGUGGAAGAGGGAAAAAAGCUUAGACAAAAGAAGCUCUAAUUUUACCCUAAAUGGGAAAAAUGUUUUUUUAGCAAUCAUGGAGAAGUACAAAAAUAUAAUAGAGUGCAAAAGAACAGACGCUAUAAGUAGCAAAUGUAAACAAAAGACAUGGAACGAAAUUUGCAACGAAUUUAAUGCAAAAUGUAUUUCUCCAGAGCACCGCCCUGCAGAUAAAUUAAAACUAUUAUGGGAUAACCUGAAGCGAAGUGCUCGCAAACAUUUGAGCACUCUGCGACAGGAAACCUUCAAAACCGGAGGUGGCAGGAACCCAGUAAAGGAAGACUUGCUGUGCCUGCAAGUCAAAGAAAUACUUGGAAGCGCAAUUGAUCCCCUGGACAAUCCUUUUGAUGACGAUGGCCUGGCAGUAACAGGAAGCUUCGCAAAGGAAUUGGAUCAUUUAGAAGUGGAUGCAGUUCACAGAAACGAGGAAAGCAUUGAAAUCAUUUUUAUAAACGAUGAAGAACCCACCCUUGAUAAGACAAUGAAUGACGAUGAUGACUGGUCCGAAUGGAAUCCUUCAUUGCUGAGGAAGGAUAGGAGUCCACUAUUGCAGAUCCCGUCGUGCGUAAACACACCGAAGGGUUCAGAACACGAUCAUCUUGAUAAAAUCGUACGAAAACGAUUAUCAUAUAAACCAUACAGUAGAAGACGAUCAAAUAAGCCAUCAUCACUAAAGAACUUUGGCGCCAUGAUUCAAGCAAAAGUGGAUUACUUGGAAUUUUUUAAAAAAGAGGCUUCAGAGAAAAAUGAGAAGCAGAUCAUGAAAAACACGUUACUCGAGCAGGAGUUAAGGAUCCAGCUGUUCCGUAAGCAGAUAGAAAAUCAUGACUGCCUUAAAGGAAAAACAAGGAAUCCUGUUCUUCCUUCGUGAUUUUUUUUGUUCAUCAAUUCUUUAGAUAAUUAUUAUUUUAUGUGAUAAGAAUAAGUUUUAUGGAGGUUUGAAGUAUACAUAUAUGGCUACGCUGCGGAGCGUUACAGUAAUGUUCCAAAUUUUGAACAUUAUUUCGAUCUGUUAUUGUUAAUAAGGUAACCAAAAAAUGUUACAAUUUAAAAUAAUAGCUUUUGCAGGUGUAAAUUUCCAAUAUUUUUCAAAACUUGGAACAUUGUUUUCUUAUUGAUUCUAUAGCGUUCAUCACCUUCUUUGAAAAUCCGCCGGAAAAUUAAAAAAAGGUUAAAAAUUAACAAAAUGACAGCAGUUUUUCUGAAAAAAUUAAAAAUCAAUUUUUUUUUAAACCCACGUUUAAAUGUGUUGUCAAUUUUUGUUUGAGCUUGCACGUUGAUAUUAAAGAUGCCUUUUAAGAUGCAGGGUUGCUAAAUAUGAUCGAAAUGAAAAAAUGUUAGAAAUAAAAGUUUGCAUGUCUCAAAAAGUUCUGUGAAAAACGUCUCUUAUUCUUCUGCGAUAUUUUUAAUAGUUAACAAAAAAAAUUCAAAAACUAUUCAUAGAUCUUUUUUAGACGUGCAAACUUUUAUUUAAAAAUUUUUCGUAUCUAUCAUUUGUUCUAUGAAAAAGUAGAAAAUUCAUUUGUAACACAAAAGAAUCCUUUUGACUACAAAAUAAAUUUAGCAAGCAUCAAACUUACAAGGUAUCGCCAUUAUCAAUGUACAAGUUCCAACAAAAAUUUAAAGGUGGGUUUUUUGAGAAAAUAGAUUUUUAAUUUUUUCAGAAAAACCGCUAUCAUUUUGUUAAUUUUAAACCUUUUUUCUAUUUUCCAGAGGAUUUUACCAUAAGGCGAUGAACGCUAUUAUAAUUGAUAAGAAAAUAAUAAACAUCUCAAUUAGGCUCUACAUCUCAAUAACUUUUUAGAAAAAAUUCCCUUCGCAAAUUGGAAAAAUGCGUAUCAUCUAAUUUUCUCUUAAAAAACAACAUAUUAUAGAAUGCUCAAGUUUCACGUAGGUUUCACGUAUAUAUAUUUAUUUAUGGCUGUGCUGGGGUGCGCUGAAAUAAUGUUCCAUGUUUUGAACAUUAUUUCAACAUGCAUCUGUGUUAUUGUUGAUAAGCAAACCAAAGACUGUUAAAAUUUAAAACAAAGCUUUCACAGGUGUAAAUUUGCAAUAAUGUUCAGAACUUGGAACAUUAUUUCAAAACAGAAACCUAAUUUUAUUUCUUAAUUUCGUUUUUUCGAACUCAAAAAAUUGUUUUUAUUGCACACUCCAAA